AUGACUACGCCAAAAGAUGGUCGUGAAACGAAUGUUCCAACUCUAUCGCAAGGAGUUAAUCGUCAACCAACCAUGGGUUUACUUGAUGCUAUUAAUCUUCUUUUAGCUUGUAUUAUUGGUUCAGGUAUAUUUAUAAGUGCUAAAGCUGUACUUGAAUAUUCUGGUUCAUAUGGCCUGUCGAUUAUUGUUUGGAUUGGUUGUGGUUUACUUUGUAUUAUGGGAGCAUUAUGCUAUGCUGAACUUGGUUGUUCAUAUGUAUCAUCGGGUGGUGAUUAUACAUAUCUUCGAGUAGCAUUUGGUAAUUUUCUAGGUUUUCUUCGUGUUUGGAUUGAAGUUGUUUUAUCACGUCCAAUGAUCGUUGUAUUAAGUGUUUUGACAGCAUCAAAUUAUCUAGUUUAUUGGUUUUAUUCAACAUGUACACCACCUGAUAUAUUGGUUAAAUGUUUAUCAUCACUUCUUCUAUUAUUUGUUGGAUUUAUUAAUUUAACAUCAGCUGCAUGGACCAAUCGACUUCAUCAAAUAUGCAAUUAUUUUAAAAUUGGUUCAUUAUUGCUUGUGAUCGGUGCUGGUAUUUAUAAUAUGAUUCGUGGUAAAACAGAAAAUUUUGCUGAACCAUUUGAAAGUUCAACAUAUGGAAAACUUCCCAGUGCACUUUAUGCUGGUUUAUUUCCUUAUGCUGGAUGGAAUUAUUUAAAUAAUGCUAUUGAUGAUCUUAAAGAUCCGAAACGAAUACUACCACGUUCAAUUGUUAUAUCACUUUCAUUAUGUAUUAUUAUAUAUUUUUUAACAUUCAGUUCAUAUUUUACAGCUUUAUCGGCAUUCGAUAUUUUAAUAUCAGAAGCAACAGCAGUUACUUUUGCUGAAAGAGUAUUUCGACCACUUUUAUAUAUUAUACCAAUUGGUGUAACAAUGUCUUGUGUUGGAGCUGCCUCUGGAAAUAUUUUUACUGUUGUACAAAUGUUUAACGUUGCGGGUCGUGAUGGUCUAAUGCCAUUUAUAUUUUCAAUGAGACAUUAUAAAUCAAAUGUACCAAUGAUUGCUAUUAUGUUCGAGAUUAUUAUCAGUUUUAUUUUUCUUUUCUUUAUGUCAAAUAUCGGACAAUUGAUUAUUUGUGUUGGUAUGAUCAAUUGGAUAUGUAUUUUAUUGGCUGCUGUUGGUUUAAUAGUUCUUCGUAUUAAACAUCCUGAUAGAGAAAGACCCUUUAAAAUUCCAUUAAUAAUACCAAUCGUAUUCAUUGCAGUUUUAGUAACACUUAUAGUUGCAAGUGCUAUAACUGAUCUUGACAAUAUUAAAACAUCCUUAACACUUCUUGCAACAGCUAUACCUGCUUAUGUAUUUGGUGUAAUGUGGAAAAAGAAACCUAGUAGUUUCAAUCGUAAAUAUAAUUCAUUUGCAAUUACUUUACAAAAAAUUUUUCAUGUUGUCCAUGAAAAACGUACUGAUUAG